AUGACCAUAUUCGACGUGAACGUUGCCCCGGGCAUAGGCAACCGCAACCAACAAUUGAUCAGGUCGUGGUGGUGCCCCUAUUGUUGGAUCCGCAAUCAAGUGCAUCCGGAUACAUUGAGUGGAAAUGCGAUUAUUGGCAAAAACAAGGCGUACGUACAGAUAGCGUGGCUUACGAAAUCAUCUUUCUAUUGGGAACGGGAUCUCUACGUCCGUAACGGCAAGUGUUUCGGUGUCUAUGAGUUGGGAAAACCGGUUCUCUAUCUCUCGGAUCCCGAACUCAUUCGCGAGGUUUUGGUCAAAGACUUCCAUAUAUUCAAUAAUAGAAGG